AUGCAGGAAGCGCCGGCCGCGCUGCCCACGGAGCCGGGCCCCAGCCCAGUGCCUGCCUUCCUCGGCAAGCUAUGGGCACUGGUGGGCGACCCGGGCACCGACCACCUGAUCCGCUGGAGCCCGAGCGGGACCAGCUUCCUCGUGAGCGACCAGAGCCGCUUCGCCAAGGAGGUGUUGCCCCAAUACUUCAAGCACAGCAACAUGGCGAGCUUCGUGCGGCAACUCAAUAUGUACGGUUUUCGGAAGGUGGUGAGCAUCGAGCAGGGUGGCCUGCUGAGACCUGAACGGGAUCACGUCGAGUUCCAGCACCCGAGCUUCGUACGCGGCCGAGAGCAACUGCUGGAACGCGUGCGCCGCAAGGUGCCUGCGCUGCGCGGCGACGACGGCCGCUGGCGCCCCGAGGACCUGGGCCGGCUGCUGGGCGAGGUGCAGGCUUUUCGGGGGAUGCAGGAGAGCACCGAGGCGCGGCUGCGGGAACUCAGGCAGCAGAACGAGAUCCUGUGGAGGGAGGUGGUCACGCUGCGGCAGAGCCACGGUCAGCAGCAUCGGGUCAUUGGCAAGCUGAUCCAGUGCCUCUUUGGGCCACUUCAGGCUGGGUCUGGCAGCGCAGGAGCUAAGAGGAAGCUGUCCCUGAUGCUGGAUGAGGGGUGCCCAACACCAGCCAAAUUCAACGCCUGCCCCUUACCUGGUGCCCUCCUGCAGGACCCCUACUUUAUCCAGUCGCCCCUCCCGGAGACCACGCUGGGCCUCAGCAGCCCUCACAGGGCCAGGGGCCCCAUCAUCUCCGACCUCCCGGAAGACUCUCCAUCCCCUGAAGGAACCAGGCUUUCCCCCUCCAGUGGUGGCAGGAGGGAGAAGGGCCUGGCACUGCUCAAAGAAGAGCCAGCCAGCCCAGGGGGGGAAGGCGAGGCCGGGCUGGCCCUGGCCCCAAACGAGUGUGACUUCUGCGUGACAGCACCCCCACCGCUGCCUGUGGCUGUAGUGCAGGCCAUCCUGGAGGGGAAAGGGAGCUUCAGCCCUGAGGGGCCCAGGAAUGCCCAACAGCCUGAACCAAGAGGCCCCAGGGAGGUUCCCGACAGGGGCCCUCUGGACCUGGAGAGGGGAGGCCGGAGUCCAGAGAGUCUGCUGCCUCCAAUGCUGCUUCGGGCCCCCCCUGAAAGUGUGGAGCCCGCAGGGCCGCUGGAUGUGCUGGGCCCCAGCCUCCAAGGGCGGGAAUGGACUCUGAUGGACUUAGACAUGGAGCUGUCCCUGUUGCAGCCCUUGGUUCCAGAGAAGGGUGAGACCGAGCUGGCGGUUAAGGGGUUAAGUUCUCCAGGCCCAGGAAAGGACUCCACCCUCGGGGCACCACUCCUGCUGGACAUGCCAGCGGCUUUGGGAGGCCCAGCCCUCAGCCUGCCCGGAGCUUUAACCAUUUACAGCAGCCCUGAGAGCCGGGCCUCCUACCUGGGCGCGGGAGACAACCCCUCGCCCUGA